AUGAAGUUAAAUAGAGCAACACAGUUGUUGCGGGCUGUUCACCCUUUCGCUCAUGGUUUGCACACUCGACUUACACUCAAAUCCUCUCCUCACUGUUUAUCUCCAACUUAUUCUGCGAGGCUUUGCUUUCAACCUACUUAUGCCGCAAAUUUUUCAACGGCGAUUACGAGGAACACAAUCUCAGGAUUAACAAUCGAACCCCAUGCUUACACGAGCGGUCGGUGGUUACGUCGCGACAAGGUGGAACAUGACUCGCGCUACAUCAAGUUCAAUUUCGAAGCCCUUUGCCAGAGGGUGAUUGAUCUAUGUCCUGGAGCAGACACCAUCGCGACUUGUCGAAAGAUUGAAGGAGGUUUCAAUAGGGUGUUUAUCUUCACAUUGAAUAAUGCCAAGCGGAUCGUGGCGAGACUUCCAUUUCCGUUAGCUGGGCCAGCGAAAUUGACCACUGCUUCUGAGGUCGCCACUAUUUGCUAUCUACAAGCAAGAACUAGCAUCCCUAUUCCUACGAUCCUCGACUGGCAUAACGAUGCUGCAGAUGCAGACAAUCUCAUUGGUAGCGAAUAUAUAAUCAUGGAGCACGCAGCUGGAGUCCCAUUACGCGAUAAAUGGCAGGAAAUGGGUGGGGAUCAGCAAGUCAGGUGCAUAGAUGCGAUUUACCGAAAGAUCAAAGAAGCUGUUGACCUGGAAUUUCCGGCAUUUGGGAGCAUAUACUUCAACAAUACUCUUGAUUCACAUAACAGAAAAUACCUAGAUAAGGAUUUCUGUAUUGGACCGCAUUGCAGCACACGAUACUGGGACUGCAACCCAGGAGAACAUAGAUAUUAUGAUACGGCAAAGCCGAAUCACGGGCCUUGUAAGUACAGUGGAAUGUCGGGCGUCCAGGCAAGUUCACUUACUGUGAUGAAUGACCAGGGACAAGUAUUGAUGAGUACUGCGAUGGCCUCAUUGACGCUGGAAUUUCGAGGGUACCCCCAACCAAUGCUGAAGUUGAGAAAAGGCCACUCUAUCAUGGAUCGGUUCAAACACACUUGCGCCUUUUAG